AUGGGCAGCUUAGAAAACUAUCAAAUAUCUGACAGCACAAAUCUCAGAUCAACCACAUUAGCUACUUCAGAUGUGCCAAACUCUAAUACCUUCCAGACAGUCUCCACAAAAUUUGGCGAAUUAGAAAUAGAAGAUCCGUUAUCUUCAAUUAAAAUCAUCGAUAAUAUUACGAAUAAGAAGGUAGGAGAUGAGGAUGAACAUAUUAAAGUUGAAAAGACCAAAGAAUCAACAGUAAGAGAAGAAGAAAAAACAAACCAAGAGAACACUGAACAUAAUUUUGAUGUGGAAAGUGUGGUCGAAAGUGACGUUUCAUCGGUAUCGUUUGAUUUGUAUAUGAAUGAGUUUGCACGAGAUAAAAUAAUUGAGCAAAUAGAGGAAGAGAAAAAGAAUGAUACAGAUGGGGAACUAAAUAUAAGUCAGUUCCUCUUGAAGAAUUAUAAAUAUAGAGAUUUGGGAGAACUGUCGUCAGGUUUUGGCGAUUUAAUUAAGGGAAUCGACACUGACUUGAUUGAACUUGUCAAUGAGAAUUACCUUAGCUUUAUAAAUUUAGGAAAGUCCAUUGAUGGAUCAUUGGAUUUGAUUCAUGACAUCCGAAUUGAUAUGCUUGAAUAUUCGAAGACUUUGAAGUUGAACAAUGAAAAAAUCGAUAUUGAUAUGAAUACAAUUGAACGAUUACGAAAAGAGAGUUGCAGAUUGAGUAAAAUGGAAAAUUUAGUGAAAAAAAUUAUAGUUUUAUUUGAAAUGGUGGAAUGUUUUGACAAAUUAUGCACGAAGUUCGACAAAUAUGAAGAUAGUACAGAUAUGUUGAAGGAGUUAGUUGGUCUCUAUUUUGGAAUCAAUGAUAUGCUUACGAGAGUCACUAUGCAAUCUAAGAGGUUAGGCAUGGAUGAGCUGGUAGAGACAGGUAUAUUAUUUAAUAUCAAUAAAAGAAUGCAUGGUUUAAAUUUGGAGUUUAAGAGUUUGAUGAAGAUCUAUUUGAAUCAUCUUAAGGAAAUCAAUACUACAAAUGAAGACAUAUUUGAAGUUUUCAAGUUGUACCAUUUACUCAACUUUACAAAAGAUUUCCAAAGGAGACUAUAA